GUGUUAGGUUAGGGUUUAGGGUUAGGUUAAAUUAGGCAGCAGUAGGUUAGCCGCAGCUAUUUGGCCACAGCUGGCCAGACUUAGACUUUUGUCUUGUGGUUUUUGCGUGUUGCCCGCAGGUGAGAUGCGAAACUGCGGAUGAAAGCGCGUUUUGCCCGUAAAACGUUGCCGCGUUGCCAGCCAUAGUAGCGAUCACGACUUUGGCGAAUAUAUCCGCGAUUUCCCUUACUGUUGACAACGAGAGCGAACGCUGGCCACAACACAAACGUUUUUUAACGGCAACCGGCAACUUUCUAACCUCGCUUUUCUUUCCCCGAUGACACGCGGGACAAGACCUGAGGAAUAGACAAGGCGCGUGUUGUGGCGGGGGCUUUACGUUAGCUCGCGCUCACCAGGUGUGCGCUUACGCAUUUACAGGCCACGCCGGACAUCACGGGUGCCGAGAAAGCAAACGGACUACGGACGCUGAGCGCGGGGCUCUGAAUUAAAGGCAGUGGCGCGAUGACCAGCAGGCAGGGUGGCCAUGGCAACCAGUCUCCUCUCUCCUCGGCCUUGCUGCCGGCAUCUUCCGCCCCAAAACUGCAUGUGCAGCGCUCACAGUCCCGGGAGACCAUCACUAUCCAUUUUUCGGCACUGGGCAAGGAUGACGAAGACGAGGAAGAGGAACUAUACUGGCCAAGCACCCCCAACCCGUCCAGCAGCGAGGCGACGAAUAAUCGAGUCAUAACGGCUUUGGAAGCAAGUGAAGACCUCGUUAUUGAGGGGGAUGCUGAGGUGAAAUCUGCCGAAAAUGUUGCGGCACCUCUGGACAUGUCCAGCGUGAUGUCCACCAUGUCUGGUCAACAGAACACUACCAGCCAAGAGCACAGUUUACUCUCCUCUGCCUCAGCCUUUGCUAGAGCAGAGAAGAGUCCAGCCUCCUCGUCAGGUUCCACCAACUCUUCCCCUUCCAAAUCCACAUCCCUUCCAUCCAUGGAUAAGGCCUUUCUCAACCUUAGGAAGUCUCUGUCCACCGAAGUAGAACCUCGAGAAGGAGUCCCCGUUCAUCCUACCUUGCGCCAUCGGCAAUUGGUAAAGAACCUGUACAAGUCUUUGUCCACGGACACGGCCCCGGACGCCGCGGGGUCCAACCGCCCACUGGACUCGCGUCUCAACCUGCAACUCUUCAAGCCGUUCAGCCAACCGCGGGCCAGCACCAGCGACUGCAAAACGGCUCCGUCUUCUCCACUGUCCUCGCCAGACAACCGCUCCUUCUCCUUCAAGGUAUCCGAGGUGGAGGCACGCAUCGAGGACACCAAACGGCGUUUUUCGGAAGUCAUGUCCGAGCCCUUGCAGCUGAUCAGCAAGUUCAUCGGGGAUGAAGCAUCCAGCAUCUACAGGCCCAAGCCCGUCUCCUCCAGCACCUCAGAACUGACCAGUCUCUCGGCCCUGGGCGACCAUCUGGAAAACAACAACAAUUACAGCAUCAAGGAAGAGGAAGGUGACGCAGAAGGUGAAGGCGUCACACCAGGUGCAACUGAGCAGGCCUUAUUUGCUGAAAGCAAGCCUGUCAAACCUUCACCCUCCUCUGUGGGCCUGGACAAGUGCUCCAUGUCUGCUCUGGCCAAGCAAGAGGACGAAGAGUUUUGCGAGCUCUACAGUGAUGACUUUGAGGCUUGCGCUGACGAUGAGGCAGUCUCCCAGCAGACCGAGGACACCAAAGCGAGAGACCACACUGGCUUUCCCGCUAGUCGUGGCAUGGACCAUUUUAUUGACGGAGAGAUGGACUUGGAACCUGCGCCCCGUACGCCAAACAAGACUUUGUUAGCGCUGACCGUCAUCAUCUAUGGAUACUUUGUGCUGCCUUUGCCUAUAUAUGUUAGUGGGAUGUUGCUGGGUGUGGCGCUAGGGUUCAUGGUUGCCAUUGGUGUAGUGUGGCUGACAGGCCCAGCGCAACCAGGAGUUGCAAAUAGACAUCGAAGACACCGGAGAUGGAACAUGCUCCAUUUGGAUGUUAAAGAGCCAGACAUAUUCAAGGGCUGGAUGAACGAGAUUCAGAAUUAUGACCCGGAAACCUAUCACGCGACUCUGACCCACUCCGUGUUCGUGCGGCUGGAGGGCUCGGCCCUGCGAAUCUCCCGACCCAACAAAAACAUCACCCGCCGGGCGAGCUACAGCGAACCUAAGCCAGAUGUCGCCUUCGUUAGUCAGAAAAUCUAUGACCUUACGGACAGCAAGGUAUGCCUGGUGCCUCCAGGCCUUGCCAGAAAGCGGGUGUUUAACAAGAAGUAUCCCAUAUGCAUUGAGCUGGCCAAACAGAACGACUUCAUGUCAAAAGCGGAUGGAGACCGGGCGUGUUCCGAGAAGGACGACCCGGACUGUGUGGGCAAGGAAAGGGAGCCGCCCAUCAUCUUCCUGUUUGGAAGGACAGGCAGAGAGAAGGAGGAGUGGUUCCGGAGAAUUCUGCUCGCCUCCAAGCUCAAAUCUGAGGCAGCUAAGAAGUCAGUGAGCCUGUCAUCCAGCAGGAGUGCUCCACUGCUUUCUCACAGUCGCAGUAGUAGCAGGAGCAGUCUGGACGAGUUGCUGUCGUCGCAGGCGUCUAAGAGAGAGUCGUGUGGGAACACCAGACAGAAGCCUCUCCUGGAAUACAGCACCUACAUGGCCAAUUACAUCAGAUCGGCUACAAGGGACAACCUCGUCUCCAGCUCUGGGGAGGCUGGGGAGAGCCCGCAUGACACCACAGCGCUGGACAAAAAGUUACCAGGUAGCCCAGUGAAAGAGGAGGGGCUUGUGUCCUGGGUGAACGCUCUGAUUGGCCGGAUCCUGUGGGACUUCCUCAGGGAGCGGCACUGGGCCGACUGGGUGUCCAAGAAGAUCCAGAUGAAGCUCAGCAAGAUCCGGUUGCCUUACUUCAUGAACGAACUGACGUUAACAGAGCUUGACAUGGGCAUGUGCACUCCCAGAAUCCUCUGGGCCUCCCAGCCUUCAGUGGACCACCAAGGGGUGUGGUUUGAUCUGGAGAUAUCCUAUAAGGGUUCGUUUCUGAUGACUCUAGAGACAAAGAUGAACCUGUCGCGGCUGGGGAAGGAGACAGAAGGCCUGGGCGAGUUUGGAAAAGAAGGACACAGGCCGCGCACCUAUUGCCUUGCUGACAGUGAUGAGGAGUCAUCCAGUGCUGGCUCCUCUGAUGAAGAUGAUGGGACAGAGAAUGUUUUGGAUAAAAACCUUCUCCAGGGUGCAGAGGGGUACACCGGAGUCCACAAGCCAAGCAAGAUCAUGAGAUUCGUGGACAAAUUAACCAAGAACAAAUACUUCCAGAAGGCCACUGAGACAGAGUUCAUUAAGAAGAAGAUGGAGGAAGUGUCCAACACGCCACUUCUGCUCACCGUAGAGCUUCAAGAGUGCCAGGGAACACUAGCUGUCAACAUCCCCCCUCCUCCUACUGACAGGAUAUGGUACGGCUUCCGCAGUCCACCAAAGCUCGAGCUCAAGGCUCGCCCCAAGCUGGGAGAGAGGGAGGUGACAUUCGCACACGUGACGGACUGGAUUGAAAAGAAACUGGAGCAGGAGUUCCAGAAAAUCCUCGUCAUGCCAAACAUGGAUGAUAUCUGGCUCCAUGUCAUGCACUCCGCCACAGACCCGCGAUCCGACACAGUGCAAACGGACAGCAGGGGGCCUGCUAGUGCCCCUGAUGCAGAUGUGCCCACCUCCGAGGUCCCGUGAGCAGCUAGUCCCCACGCGGACCCAGCGCGAAGCCAUCACGCUGGGUGAACGGGAGCGGCUUGGCCCCAACACCUGCCGCGGUGGCCAUGGAGAGUGGGUCGUGUUUCCUUUGAAGCACCUUCGAAGAGGACAAUAAAAGAUGCACGUUUGCUGCUCUAAAGACUUUGUCGUUGAAGGCUAUGAAGAUGAAGAAAUUAGUUUUGGUAGAGAAGGUUGUUGUGG